AUGCGCACUCUCACGCGCUCUCUCACAUGCUCUCUCACGCAAUCUCUCAUGCGCUCUCUCCACGGACUCUCACACAUUCCAUCGCACUCCCUCUCGCGCACUCUCUUGCGCAUUCUCUCUCUCACGCGCUCUCUCAUGCAUACUCUCUCGCACACUCUAACUCGCUCUCUCACGUGCUCUUUGAUGCAAUCUCUUACGCGGUCCUUCACGCGCUCUCUCACGCACUCUCUCACGCACUCUCUCACGCGCUCUCUCGCUCGCACUCUCACUCGCCCUCUCACGCGCUCUCUCGCGCGCACUCUCACGCGCUCUCUCACAUGCUCUCUCACGCAAUCUCUCACGGGCUCUCACGCAUUCCCGUCGCACUCCCUCUCGCGCACUCUCUUGCGCAUUCUCUCCUCUCACGCGCUCUCAUCAUGCACACUCUCUCACACACUCUCAACGCGCAUGCAAUCUCUUACGCGGUCCUUCACAGCGCUCUCUCACGCGCUCCUCUCACACACUCUCUCACGCAUUCUCUACACGCGCUCUCUGACACCGCUCUCUCACGGGCUCUCACGCACUCCUCACGUGCUCUCUCUCGCGCACUCUCUUGCGCAUUCCCUCUGUCACACGCUCUUUCUUGCGCACUCCCACGCGCUCUCUCACGCGCACUCCCACGCGCUCUCUUACGCGCUCUCUGACGCACCUCCCUCACGCGCGUCUCUUACGCGCUCUCUCACGCGCUCUCUCAAGCGCACUCUCACGCGCACCUCGCUCUCUCACGCGCUCCCUCACGCGCUCUCUCACGCACUCUCUCACGCACUCUCUCACGCACUCUCUCUCACGCGCUCUCUGACACGUGCUCUCUCACGCGCUCUCUCACGCGCUCUCUCAUGCGCUCUCUUACGCGCACUCACGCGCACUCGCUCUCUCACGCGCUCCCUCACGCGCUUCUUUCACGCACUCUCUCAUGCGCUCUCUCACGCACACUCUCACGCGCUCUCUCACGCGCUCGCCCUCUCUCACUCGCACUCUCACGCCCACUCUCACGCACACUCUCACGCGCACUUUCACACGCACUCUCACGCGCUCUCACACGCUCCCUCACGCGCUCUCUCACGCACUCUCUCACGCUCUAUCUCAUGCACUCUCACGGCGCUCUCUCACGUGCUCCCUCACGCACUCUCUCACGCGCUCUCGCAUGCGCACUCUCACGCGCCUCUCUCACAUGCUCUCUCACGCAAUCUCCCAUGCGCUCUCUCACAAGCUCUCAUGCAUUCCGUCGCACUCCCUCUCGCGCACUCUCUUACGCAUUCUCUCUCUCACGCGCUCUCUCAUGCACACUCUCUCGCCACACUCUCCACGCGCUCUCUCACGUGCUCAUUGAUGCAAUCUCUUACGUGGUCCUUCACGCGCUCUCUCACGCGCUCUCUCACGCACUCUCUCACGCACUCUCUCACGCGCUCUCUGACACGUGCUCUCUCACAGCGCUCUCUCAACGCGCUCUCUCACGCGCUCUCUGACACGAGCUCUACUCACGCGCUCUCUCACGCGCUCCCUCACGCGCUCCCUCACGCGCUCUCUCACGCGCUCUCUCACGCGCUCUCUCACGCGCUCUCUCACGCGCUCUCUCACGUGCUCUCUCACGCGCUCUCUCUCACGUCCUCUCUCACGCGCACCCUCACGCGCACUCUUAGGCACACUCUCAUUCGCUCUCUCUCACACGCGCCCUCACGCACUCUCACGCACAUUCUCUCUCUUUCACGCUCCUCUCACGCGCAUCUCUCACGUGCUCUCUCACGCAUUCUCUCGCGCGCUCCCUCACGCACUCUCUCGCACGCUCUCUCACGCGCUCUCUCACGCGCUCCCUCACGCGCUCUCUCACGCGCUCUUUCAUGCGCUCGUCACGCGCUCUCUCACGCACAACCCUCAUGCGCACUCUCAGGCACACUCUCACGCACUACCUCUUGCGCUCACUCUCCUCGCACUCUCGCGCGCAUUUCUCUCUCUCACGCGCUCUCUCACGCGCUCUCUCAUGCGCACCCUCACACGCUCUCUCACGCGCUCUCUCACGCGCUCUCUCACGCACUCACUCACGCACUCACUCACGCGCCCUCUCAUGCGCUCUCAAACGCUCUCUCACGCGCUCUCUCACGUGCUCUCUCUCACGCACUCACUCACAUGCCCUCUCCUGGCGCUCUCUCACGCGCUCUCUCACGCACUCUCUCACGCGCACUCUCACGCGCACUCUCACGCGCACUCUCACGCACUCUCUCACUCGCUCUCUCUCACGCACUCACUCACACGCGCUCUCUCACGCGCUCUCUCACGCGCUCUUUGACGUGCUCUCUCACGCGCUCUCUCUCACGCACACUCUCUCGCGCUCUGUCUCUCCGCAAUUUCACGCGCAUUCUCUCUCUCACGCGCUCUCUGUCGCGCUCUCUCAUGCACACCCUCACGCGCUUUCUCGCGCGCACCCGUCCUCUCUCCCCUUCUUCAAAUGAAAGUGCCAUGCAAGAGGAGACCAAUUGA